CGAAACGACGUCGUCGCAGCCUCGUGUUCAUCGGAUGAAGAAUUAGGGAAAAGAUAUUCAUGAGAAUAUUUGAUCGACGCUAUGUUGUUACCACCAACCAACAUCACUGGAUGCAUGAUCCAUGGCUUCCCUUAGCCAAAUCUUCCUUAUUCUGAUCGUUAUCUCUUCUUCCCCUUUCUGCUCAGGCGGAAGUCGAAAGGAACUCCGAGAUAAAGAUAACAUUGGUGAGAGUUACAUACAGUCGAGUUAUGUUGUUGGAUCUAAGUCUGUGGACCCGAGACGUGUUCUUCAACUUUCAUGGCAACCAAGGGUCUUCCUUUACCGUGGGUUCUUGUCAGAGGAAGAGUGUGAUCAUCUGGCGAAGGAAACUUCAGAGGUUAAAUCAGGGGAUGGUGAUGGUGAUGGGAAGACUCAACUUUCAAGUUCUGACCACGUCUUAGAUGUGCCGGACCCAAUAGUUGCUGGGAUUGAAGAAAGAAUUUCUGCGUGGACUUUCCUCCCAAGAGGUAAUUUACCUUUACUUUUCAGUCUCGGAAGGGCUCUUUUCAUGAGUAAUGUUUGUAAUAAGUUUCUUCUUGGUCAAACUGCUUGCUUGUGUUUCUCUUUUGAUGCACAUCUUGCAGAAAACAGCGGUCCCAUCAAGGUAAGAAGUUACACUAUGGAGAAGUCAGACAAGAAGUUGGAUUAUUUUGGAGAAGAAUCUAGCUCUGUGACGCAUGAGUCUUUGUUGGCAACUGUCAUUCUCUACGUCUCAAACAUAACUCAAGGCGGAGAGCUUCUCUUCCCAAAUUCAGAGGUGAAACUCAAAAGGAGUUGGUCAGACUGCUCAGAGCCCGGUAACAUCUUAAGACCAGUAAAAGGAAACGCAAUCUUGUUCUUCACCAGACACUUGAAUGCGACUUUGGAUCAGACGAGCACUCAUUUUAGAUGCCCUGUCCUGAAAGGGGAACUGCUGGUGGCGACGAAACUGAUAUACGCGAAGAAACAAGCAAGAAAGGAUGAGGAGGAGAGUGGUGAGUGCAGUGAUGAAGAUGAGAGCUGUCCACGAUGGGCUGAGCUUGGGGAAUGCAAGAAAAACCCUGUCUAUAUGAUUGGCUCUCCUGAUUACUUUGGUACCUGCAGAAAAAGUUGUAACGCUUGUUGAUUCUUGAAAAGUACUAUUCUCAUCAUCAUCAUAUUGGAAAAUAAUGAUGGCAUAAUUGAAACUUUUUCAAUAUCACAGCUGUUUUUUUUUUCUGUGGUUUUGUAUAGUUUACACUUGACUUGAGUAUAUGACUAUCCAAAAUUAUAUUUUUUCUA